CUGUUUUAACUGAUUGAUAAUUAAUUGACAGCCAAAAUCAUUUGGAUUUGCUGGUACGAAGGACAAGCGUGCUGUCACAACACAAAGGGUUACUGUUUACAAGCAGCGAGCAAGUCGGCUUGCUUAACUUAACAAGCGCUUGUUUGGUAUUAAAUUGGGUGAUUUCUGUUAUGUUAAGGAAGGACUUUGUCUUGGCCAGCUCAUGGGAAAUCGAUUUACAAUUACUCUGCGAGGUAUUGUUUCAGAUUCUGAAGAUAUCAUAAAAACAUCUGCAGAUGCCUUGGGAAGGCUUGGCUUCAUUAACUACUUUGGUCUACAGCGUUUUGGAAGUGGUUCUUUGCCAACUCACCUUAUUGGAGGUGCAUUACUUCGAGGGGAAUGGAAACUUGCUGUUGACAUGAUUCUUGAUCCAAGAGAAGGAGAGAGAAUUGCAAUAGCCAAGGCACGUAAAUACUAUAAAGAAAGUAACGAUGUUGUUGGGACACUUAAGCAGUUGCCUCGAUAUUUAGUUGCUGAAAGGGCUGUGCUGCAAUCAUUAAAGACGUCUCCUGGAAAUUAUUUGCAGGCUUUGAAAAGCAUUCCAAGGACUCUGAGAAUGUUGUAUAUACAUAGUUACCAAAGCUAUUUAUGGAACCAUGCGGCAAGUAAGAGGGUGCAAAACUAUGGAACUGAACAAGUAGUAUUGGGGGACUUGGUAUAUUGUAAAGGAAAUUCUACUGCAAAAGUUACAGAGUUUGUUGGAUCUGAAUAUGCUGAAGACUGUAGUGCUGGUGGGUAUGCUUCCAAUAAUGAGGAUGAUAUCUCUGUAGAUAUUCAUGAAGACAUAAAUACUUGUGUCAAGGUUGUUGAUGCUGAAGAUCUUAAUUCUGGAUACUACACAAUUGAUGAUGUCAUCCUUCCUAUGCCAGGUUCACGGGUAAAAUAUCCAACCAAUAAUAUUGCCAAUGUUUAUGAAGAUUUAACAAAAAAAGAUGGAAUCAGUUUAACUGAAAGCGUGCACAAAGUGGAGGAAUUCUCAAUAACUAGUAUCACUGGAUGUUACCGGAGGGUUUUUCAAAAGCCAAUUAACUUUGAAUGGGAAUUGCUUGAAUACUCCGACAGUAAUAAACAAUUGGUAGAGACAGAUUUAGACAAAAUUAAUAAGUCUGCACCUAAGAAUACUGUCAAACCAUUUGACGUAGGAAAUGGGAAAACUGAUGAAGCCUUUGAUUGCAUACGAGAGUUAGAGAGUUCUGAUGACUUUCCAAAGGAUGAGAAUUUUAAGGAGAUUGCGGGUGAGGAGGUAAAAUUACCUCAUGGCGAAUCUCUUGGUGAUUCCAGCUCUCAACAUUCUCAUAUUGCUCUGAAACUGAGCUUUACGCUUCCUGCUUCCUGUUAUGCAACAAUGGCCAUAANAAGCCAGCUUUGA